AUGUGUACACGGAAUAAGAAAGAAACAACUAAUACUUUGAUGCUCGUGGUUUCCCUCCUUAUCAUUCUAAUCUCGAUUAAUCCCUCACACCAAUCUGAACACUCAUCCCCUCUCUCCCAACUAAAUCCAAGGCUCUCCAAAGCUUACACAGCUCUCCAAGCAUGGAAACACUCAAUCACUUCUGACCCCAAGAACUUCACCUCCAAUUGGUGUGGCCCUUAUGUUUGCAACUACACUGGCAUCUACUGUGCACCAGCCCCAGAUGAUUCACACAUCCUUACAGUUGCUGGAAUAGACCUAAACCAUGGCAACAUAGCUGGAUCAUUGCCAGAGGAACUUGGCCUCUUAACUGAUCUAGCCCUUUUCCACAUAAACUCCAAUCGCUUCUGUGGUUCCCUCCCAAAUAGCUUUAGCUACCUUCACCUUCUCCAUGAGCUAGAUAUCAGCAACAACCAAUUCUCAGGAACAUUUCCUGAGGUUGUUCUUUGCCUCUCUUCACUAAAAUUCUUGGAUAUCAGAUUCAAUGGGUUUCAAGGCAAAGUUCCUUCGAGCCUUUUCAACCUUAAACUCGAUGCCCUUUUCAUCAACAACAACAAAUUUCAAUUCUCUUUGCCUGAAAACUUUGGGAACAUUCCUGCCUCUGUGGUUGUGUUUGCAAACAAUGACCUCAGGGGUUGUAUUCCAUCAAGUUUGGCCAAAAUGAAGGAUACCCUUAACGAGAUUAUCAUAAUGAAUAGUGGUAUAAAUGGUUGUUUGCCACCGGAAAUAGGGAAUUUGGACAAAGUCAGAGUGUUUGAUGUGAGCAUGAACAAUCUGGUUGGAGAAUUGCCUGAAUCCAUGGGAAGAAUGAAGAGUUUGGAACAGUUAAAUGUGGCGCAUAACAUGUUGUCUGGCACGAUUCCAGAGAGUAUAUGCACACUGCCAAGGUUGGAGAACUUCACGUAUUCAUACAACUACUUCUGCACUGAAUCACCAUUGUGUCUCAAGUUGCCAGAUAAGGAUGAUCGAAAGAAUUGUAUUCCUUAUAGGCCAUUGCAAAGGUCAACUCACGAUUGUGCAGCUUUUUAUGCUCAUCCUGUUGAUUGUACUUCGUUUGGUUGCUCCUUUAGAACUGCAUCACCACCUCCACCUCCUCCUCCACCACCUCCUCCUCCACCUCCACCCCCGCCGCCACCACCACCUCCGCCUCCACCUCCGCCACCACCGCCUCCACCUCCGCCACCACCACCACCUCCUCCUCCGGCAGCUUACUACCACUAUCUCUGA